UGUUGUAUCUAUCUGUUGGAGGUUCUCGAUACACUGUGGGAUGGUCAUUUUAGUGAGAGUGUUACGGGUUACUGGAAUCCUAAGUCUGGUGGAGAUAGUAAACCCUUCAAGUCUUCUUUUUUGAGUAGCAUUUGUGAUGUCCAGUGGGUGGUAUCUAGCAUUGAUGAUGAGCUUCACUAUCCCAAAGAUUUGUUUUAUGAUUGUGAUACAGUACGCUCGAUUUUGGGCGCUUCUGCUCCAUAUGCUGUCCCGAAGCAUAUCACAAAUGUCAAAAUUGUACACGUUCAUUUGGGAUGAAAUGAACACUUCAGAGAAGAAACUCAAAGAGGAGUUGACUUCAGGACCUUUUAUAUUUUUUCCGUCUGCAUCCGGCUUUAGGCUUGAGGAUGUGGUACCUGGUAAGUUUUUAUCUCUUGAAGAAGUAUGUUGGCAUGAUCCAACUGGUGCCCUGGACCAAAUGAAGGAGAUUCAUCCUUAUCACAGUUUGACAGAAGCGAAUCAUAGUCCCUUGACCUGGACACUGAGCAGUGUUUAUCCAGGCCUUUGUGACUUUUUCAUGGACGGCUGUGGUGUACAUGAGACCCCUCCUCUCUGCAGCUAUUUACAGAUUUUGCUGUUGUUAUCUACUGUUGCUUUGCCUUCACUUGUUGCUAAUAUAGUUUUUCAAGUUUUUCUCAUGUGGAGUGAUGGACUGAAAUCUGGACUACUAACUCCAGAAGAUGUCAUUUACUUGAAACAAUGUCUUUUGAAAUCAGAGUUUAUGGUGCUUCCAACUGAACAAGAUAAGUGGGUCUCACUGCAUCCGUCCUUUGGCCUUGUGUGCUGGUGCGAUGAUAGGAAGUUAAAGAAGCAAUUCAAGCAUUUCAAUAAGAUUGAUUUUCUGUAUUUUGGCAAACUUAGUGAGGAUCAGAAAGAGAUACUUCAGACAAAAGUUUCUGCACUCAUGGAAAACUUAGGGAUUCCCGCUCUCUCUGAGGUUGUAACUCGUGAAGCUGUAUAUUAUGGUCUGGCAGACUGUAGCUUCAAAGCAUCGUUAGUGAGCUGGGCUCUUCCUUAUGCUCAGCGCUACAUCUGUAGUGUACACCCCAAUAAUUAUAUUCAACUCAAGCAGUCUGGAUUCAGUCUUCUGAAUCGUCUGCAAGUCGUCGUUGUUGACAAGCUGUACUACAGGAAUGCUAUAAAGAGAGGUGCUGGUGCAUCAAACAAACGCAUUGAAUGUAGCUGUCUUCUGCAGGACAACAUUUUGUACACCACCGAAGAAUCUGAUUGUCAUGCCAUCUAUAUGGAGCUGUCUCGUUUACUACUUAAUGGAACUCCUGAUUUACACUUGGCUAAUUUCCUUCACAUGAUCACAAACAUGGCCGAAUCAGGAUCCACUGAAGAGCAGACAGAGUUUUUCAUCUUGAAUAGCCAAAAGGUGCCAAAGCUUCCUGACGAGGAAUCUGUGUGGUGCCUCUCAGCCAUGCCUUCUUUGACAAAGAAUGAUGAUUCACCCCAGACAAGUUUUAGUUCAAAAGCAACAGAUGAAAAAAGUUAUUUAAACCCCAAAAGGAAAGCAAGAAGGAACUCAAACUGGCCGCCUGUGGAUUGGAAAAGUGCACCAGGUUGUAGUUAUGCUCAGGCAAAUGAUUUUAAGACACGGGAAACAAGUGCACAGCAUGGGGGCAGCCCACAAAAGAAAGAGGAUAAUUAUGCAGGGACAGUCAUGCAAACGGAUAAUGUUGUUUCUAUCUCAACCUCUGAUGAUUGGACCAUUGAAGACGAUUCAGCAGCGGCUGCAAUGACUUUUGUUUUGUCAGAUGACAACAAUUUGGAAGAUCACUCUGACCAAGCUUGCAAUCAGAUUGAUUCUGGAAUGAAAGUUGAAUUUGAUCCCCUUGAUUUAGAUGCUAAGCCUGAUGGCUCUGAGUUUGCUUCAUCUAAUUUUGACAAGAGAGACCAACUUAGAACUGGUACACCUGAUGCAACACAAGCUGCACGUACGGGGAGACUGGGUGAGCUUGUUGCUUUCAACUACAUUAUUGGGAAAGCUGGUAACACAGUUGUGAAAUGGGUUAACGAAGAUAGUGAAACCGGGUUGCCCUAUGACAUUGUCGUAGGGGAGGAGAAUUGCAGAGAGUACAUUGAAGUUAAAGCAACUAAAUCCCGUAAAAAGGACUGGUUCAAUAUAUCAACAAGAGAGUGGCAAUUUGCGGUGGAUAAGGGUGAAUCAUUCAGCAUUGCUUAUGUUUUAUUAAGUAAUAAUGCUGCCAGGGUUUCCCUAUACAAAAAUCCAGUAAAAUUAUGUCAGUCAGGCAAGCUACAGCUGGUUGUUAUGAUGCCAAGGCAGCAAAAGGAUUUCUCCAUUGUUUCCUAAGGUGCACUCGAUUUUAUCAGUGCUGUCUGCGAAACUGACUCAAACUCUCUAGCCAAACUACGACUGCCUUCACAGAAACUGACUGAAAUUUCAGGUUUUAGUAUGCGGAAUAUUUCUUUUGACUCAAAGGAGAGAUAUUUC